CCUGUUCUCCAUCCUUCCACCAUGUCUUCGAAUAAUACCGACUGGGACGCGUUCGAAUUUGAAGGUGACUCAUCAGAUAGUCAUGGGGAAGUUAUUGCAGUAGGAAUUGCCGCUACUGUAUAUCUCGCACACGAAGACGACCAACGGGUUGCUAUCAAAUCGUCGACUACCAACCGUCGGUUCGCAAAGGAACCUCAUGACAUAAUAAAAGAAUGCCGCAUUCUCUCUCAGUUAUCCUAUGCCAAUAUAAUUCCAGUUUUAUGGUCAAGAGAUGAUCCACACGAACACACGCUCGAAAUAUGCAUGCCUUUCAUUCCUUACUCACUCGAAAUUCUUCUUUCUAUCCCUUCGUUUACUCCUGACAUGGGCAGCCAAUUUUACACCAUAACCCGCUCAAUAAUAUUCCAAACCCUAUCGGCACUUGCAUACCUUCAUUCAUCGCCACAUAAAAUCGCGCACCGCGAUAUAAAGCCUUCUAAUAUACUCAUAACCACCUCCGGGUGCGUCCAGCUAAUUGACUUUGGCGUAUCGUACACACUGGACCCACACCCAGAGGAUAUCUGGCACGAGGAAAAAUACCGAAUGUAUUUCGAAGUAUCUACCGGUCCGUACCGCGCACCAGAACUUCUUUUCGGCGCACGGAAAUAUGAUCCUUAUGCCGUGGACAUGUGGAGCCUUGGAUGCGUAUUUGCCGAGUUUUUCACUCCCCUCCUACCCGAAGAGAACAACGAUGAGUAUGACUACCCCCCGGAACUUUGCGACGCGAACCCGACACUCAUACGGAACACCCUCUUCGACGGAACACGAGGCGAGAUCGGUUUAGCGUGGAGCAUCUUCAAAAUUCUGGGUACUCCCACUGAAGAAUCAUGGCCUACAUUCAAAGAGCUUCCAGACGCGUCGCGUGUGGAAUUCACGAUUGUUCCUCCGGUACCUCUAGAGAGCGAUUUACCGUAUCUUCAUCCUCAUGAUCAGACCCCACAUGAACUCGGUCUUUUGCAGUCGCUCCUCAGAUACCCUCCCUCCACAAGAAUCACUGCCACCGACGCUAUCGCCCACGCCUGCUUUGCGGAUAGCGUACUAAUACCGCCAGAAAUACAAAAAGCCGGUACUAAUUGCAUACACCAAGCGAAGGACGGAAAGACAAUCGGAGAAAUACUGGCGGAGGUACUCACCAAUGGUUGAUCCCCGUACCCACCUAUACCAUUUACGACCUUUCACGCAUGUCUGUCCAUCCUAUCCAUUCAUUCACAAAAAAAUAGAUGCGUCAAUGUAUAUUAUGGGGUCUAGGUUGAAAUGAUGUUUGUAUC